CAGGAAUGUAAGCGGCUGAAAAAGGCUACGAAAGGAGAGAAAAAUAACAAGAGCCCCUUUCUCUCUCAAACCUAAAGUUUCCUCAUGUGAGAAUUGGGUUUUGGCUUAUAUCAACAUCGUAGCCACCAUACACAAAAAAUUUCUUCCUUCUCCUUCAAACAAAAAUUAGCCUAGUACAAAACCUCUUCACAAAGUCCAAAACCUUAUACAAACCCAAUUCAAUUUUUUUAACGAAUUAUUAUAUUCACUCUUGUUACUAGUGUUCAAGUAUUAUAUAACGAACAUUAUAUUUUCCAAAAUAUUUCAAUAACAAGAAGUCUCUUCCCUCCCUUGAGAGAGUUCCUUUUAGCCAAGAAACAGAACAAUAACUACAAGGAAUAUAACUCAUUCAACAAUUUUUGUUACACUUACAAAGAUGCUUUCUGUCAUCAGCAUUCUCUUAGUUUGUCUCUUAAUCACUAUUUUCCCACUAAUUACAGCUACCCUUAAUCUCACACUUCCUCAUCAACAUCCUUACCCUGAAGCUGUGGUUCAAGAAGUACAAAGGAAGGUGAACGAAUCGAUUUCAAGAAGACAACUCUUAGACACCACCACAAAUGCACAAUGUCAAACAGGCAACCCGAUAGACGAUUGCUGGCGCUGCGACCCAAAUUGGUCAAACAAUCGACAGAGCCUAGCAGAUUGCGCCAUAGGCUUUGGCCAGGGCGCAAUCGGGGGUAAAAAUGGAAAGUACUACGUCGUAACGGAUUCCUCGGACCGAGAUGUUGUGGACCCCACUCCAGGCACCCUCAGACACGCUGUUAUCCAAGAAGAACCACUAUGGAUCAUAUUUGCAGCAGACAUGUCCAUUACAUUAAAACACGAACUUAUAGUAAAUAGUUACAAAACAAUUGAUGGUCGUGGAGCAAAAGUUCAUAUUACUGGUCACGGUUGUAUAACGUUACAGUCUAUUAGUAACGUUAUCAUACAUAAUAUUCAUAUAUACGAUUGUAAGCCUUCGGGGAAUACUGAGAUACGGUCUAGUCCAACACAUGUUGGACAUAGAGGAAUAUCGGACGGUGAUGGGAUAUCGAUAUUCGAUUCAAGGAAUAUAUGGAUUGAUCAUUGUGCUUUGUCUCACUGUACUGAUGGCUUAAUUGAUGCUAUAAUGGGAUCUACGGCUAUUACUAUUUCGAAUAGUUAUUUUACUCAUCAUGAUGAAGUUAUGCUCUUGGGACAUGAUGAUAAAUACAUGCCUGACACCGGAAUGCAGGUGACAAUAGCAUUCAAUCAUUUUGGAGUAGGGUUAGUACAGAGAAUGCCAAGGUGUAGAAGAGGUUACAUACAUGUAGUGAACAAUGAUUUUACAGAAUGGCAAAUGUAUGCAAUUGGAGGAAGUGCUAAUCCUACUAUUAACAGUCAAGGCAAUCGCUAUACUGCGCCAGUGGAUGCAAAUGCAAAAGAGGUAACAAAGCGCGUGGAUACAGACGAGGGUGAGUGGAGUGGGUGGAACUGGAGAACAGAUGGGGAUGUAAUGGUAAAUGGAGCAUUUUUUGUACCAUCAGGUCAAGAAUUGAGCAGCCAAUACGCGAAAGCCUCGAGCGUGGAGCCCAAAUCCGCUGUUAUUAUUGACCAACUUACUCUUAAUGCUGGUGUUUUUGGAGCCCCAAGGGAUAAUGGCAUUAGCAUAUCCUAUGGAGGAGGGACCACCACCGGAGCUAGCGGGAGCGGCGGCGGCGGCGGAGAUGAUAGUGACUUCUUUGGAAUGGUAUUUGGGAACGGCGCAUCACCAAAAUUAUCAUCAACCACUACUAUAUUAUUGUCUCUUUUAAUUAUUUUUGUUUUGUACAUUACCACCAACCAUGGUGCGCAAUUUUCAUUACAAUUAUUACUACUCUUACUAUAGCAUUUUGUUUUAAGGGAGAAGAAUAUUGUUAUAUUUAUUCAAGAGAGAAAUCAAAAGUAUAAGAAAAAUUUGCAAUUUGACAAACAUCAA